CGGGCCGUUUAAAAACACACGGAAACGCAUGGCGACAAAACAAACGAUUUGGAAAAUGGGGGGAAUAUUUGUUACGAGAGGAAGAGAAGCCGUACGGACGGACACGGCAACGGCCCGUCAGAGGCCCGCGAUCCCACCGUCAAAGCCGGUGCGAUCUGGGCCGACCAAAAUUCCCUGCGUUGGGCGGAAAGAAGUCGAUCUCUCUUCCUUCCAAGUUCCAAGUGAAGUGUCUGUUGUCUGUGACUUACAUGGUUCUCUGUGCGCUGUGUACUAAGUUCCUCGCACUGCUACUGCGCGCUGUGCUCGCUGGAUUGGAUCGAUCGCCCCCUUUCCUAUCCAUUUACCCAUUGGGUCCGGGGGAUCGCAUAGCACAGCACGCGACGCGAGGAGGAGAGAGAGGAGGGAAGGGGGAAUUGACGAAGACGAAGGGGGGAAUCCAGGCUUGCACGCUUGGUGGGCGAUGACGAGUGCUUGAUGGGCUCGAUUCUUCGGCUGCUGUGCGUGGUGGGUUCUUCGCAAAUUCCAGGGAUUUGCUCCGUUUGUCACGCAGGGGUCGAUCAGUGAGGGGAAAGAGGAAGAGUGUUUUGGAAGAGGAAAAGAAGGGCCGUUUCUUAUCGUCACAUUGUCGUUUGUGGGGCACGCCACGGCACUUUGGUUCUUCUUCACCUUCCUUCUUUCUUCUUUUCUCGCGUCGCCCCUACUGUGGAUGAUUGACGACUGCUUCGUCGUCGUCAUCUAGGAGCGCUCUAGUCGCGGCUGAGACUGUCUCGUCUUUAAAUUCCUCCCUUGCUUCGCCCCUUCUUCUUGUUGUUCCUUCCUCUUCUUCUCCGUCCUCUCAUCUUCUUCAACCUUCUGCCCCUGUCGGAGCGAAGAGAUCCCAGAAGCAGCGUGCCGCAGCUUCUCAAUCGCUUCACGUGCUUGACUUUGUACAAUCGAUCCAAUCCUAGCUACCUGCUGCUCUUCCACGAACAAGUCGUCCUCGAUACUGCCAAAUCCCAGGGGUCGAAUUCAAGUCCAAAACGUCCUCGAGAGGAUGGCGUGUCGACUAAGUGGAGGGUAAGCGCCCCCCUCUUCCUUUCUCUCUCCAAAGCGUGUCCAUGGGUAGCUGAUCGGAUCGAUCGUCUUUCCUUGCGAUCGAAGCAUAAGAGCAUUAGAGGGAAUGGAAGUUCUUCAGUACAGGUGCUCGUCCGAGAGAGACCGGCAAAUCGAGGAGGCGGCCAGGUCGGGGCUGGCAAACGUCCAGGAGCUCCUCCAGUUCCUGGCCGACCAGCAGCGCCACCGCAAAGACGAUGGCGAUUCCUCCUCCGCCUCCUCGCUCAAGCUGGGCUUGAAUCCAGAGGGCAGCGCCGCGGCCUCGUCGGCCAUCGCAAGCUUUCGAAAGGUGUCGAGCUUGCUGGGAAGGACCAAAGGCCAUGCAAGGUUCCGAAAGGGGCCCAAGGGACAGACAUCGUCUCUGGCGGGAUACGAGCAUGCAUUCGUGGACUCCUCCAGCGCCGCCGGCCACUACCGCCCGAUGAAGCAGCAAAUCCAUCCCGAUGAAAUCCACCAUCGCCAUCUCUCCCAGCAGCAUCAAGCUGGCGGACCAUCCUCGUCCACGGAUUUGAGCCUCCGGCAGCAAAACGCUCUGGCGGUGGCAAUGCACAGGCGAGCGGUGGAGGAAGAGAGGCACAGAUUGAUCCAGCAGCAGCAGCAGCAGCAGCAGGCCGAGAUGAUGUUCCAGGCCAAGAAAAACCAGGUAUUCAACCUGGAGAAUUCGAUGGGAUCGCGCUCGUAUAUGUCGUCGCUAAGCAUGCAGCAGGAUCAUCACCACCUCCACCACCAUCCUCACGCAAUCAGCAACAACAACGCCGUUACCAACAAUGCCACGACAAGCAGCGGUGACGUAAAAGCUGGCUCGUUAUUUGGGCUGCUCCCACCGAUGAGCCAGAGCAAUGGCUCCAACGUUUCCAGGAGGAAGUGCGUGGGAAAGCAUGAGGAGCUCGGUAUCAAGUGUGCAACGCUCAAGUGCCAUUGCUCCAAACGGCGGAAGCUGAGGGUGAAGAGGACCAUCACAGUUCCUGCAAUCAGCAACAAGCUGGCCGAUAUUCCUCCGGACGAUUACUCUUGGCGAAAGUAUGGACAAAAGCCAAUCAAGGGCUCUCCGCACCCAAGGGGGUAUUACAAGUGCAGCAGCAUGAGGGGAUGCCCGGCCCGGAAGCACGUCGAGCGAUCCCUGGAAGACCCUUCAAUGUUGAUCGUGACUUAUGAAGGCGAGCACAAUCACACGAGAAACAACAAUAGCAACAACACCACCACCACCAACAAUAACAAUGCUAACAUCAACACCAUCGCCACCACCACCACCACAACCACAUCCAACUACAACAACAGCAACAAUGGGAUUGUCAGUGCUAAUGGAGCUGGUGUUGCCAGUGCUGCCGCUGCUCCUAGUUUGGUGACUCACUCCUGAUUCUUUUCUUUUUCGUUCGGUUUUUCCUCUUUAGAUUUUGCCUGCUUAGGUGAUUAGCUCGUACUGAUUUGAAAACUUGUCUAAGCUGCUCAAGGACAAGGAAUGACAACUAACCUCCUGUCUCUUUGGCAUCCCAUCUGUGUCGUGCCUCAUGUCUCUCUGGGACUAAACGAUGUUUAUCAUAAUACGUACUGUAAUCAGGUUAAGAGUGAAAAUGACAAAAUUGUUUUUAUUGACA